AUGUCAUUCAAUGGAACCUGGCAGGUCUAUGAUCAGAACAAUGUGGAAGAGUUUAUGAAAGCCCUUGGGUUCUCAGAUGACGUGAUCAAAGUUGGCAAAGAUGUUAAGCCUGUUAUUGAAAUACAACAAAAAGGAGACAACUUUGUUGUGACAUCAAAAACACCCAAGAAGUCUGUAACUAACUCAUUCACACUUGGAAAAGAGGCUGACAUCACUACAAUGGAUGGCAGAAAGCUCAAGUGCACUGUGAACAUGGUCAAUGGGAAACUUGUGUGCAAAUCAGAAAAAUUCUCUCAUGAGCAAGAAGUUAAAGGAAGUGAAAUGGUGGAGACUAUGACGUUUGGUGGAGUAACACUUGUCAGAAGAAGCAAGAAAAUUUAA